GUUAUAUUACAUUAAAGACAAGGUAGCGUACUAGAGCGAUGUAAAUAGAUUUUGAUAUCGACAACGUAGCGCGUUGAAAAAAGAAUAAAAUUCGGACUUUUUCGGAGACGCAGCAGGAUACACGAUGCGUUACUCGAACAAGAACGAACGCGUCCAGAAGAGAAACACGUUGCUAUCGAGUUAAGAAAGAGCUCGAAGAAGAAGAAGAAGAAGAAGAAGAUUAUAUAUACUUGGCGCGCGUGAUGCACGUGCGUGUGCGGUAGUGUGCAGUUACGUGUACCGACACACGAACACGCUAUUGAUUUUCUUCGGCACUUUUGGCGUAGUGCGCACGUACCUAACGCACAUACACACGUUGCUCCGGUGGAGUGGGGCUCGCCCCGAUACGGAGGGCGUGCGCUUCGUUUCCCUUCGAAAUCGUCAAAGUUCAUGCAACCGAAAGCCUGGAGAGUAGGCGAAUAUGCUGAUCCCGUGGCGGAUGGAAAUCGAAUGCAAUACCCGUUGAUCGAUCCACUAAUUAACAGUCGUCGUAAACGUGAUUCAACGUCGAAGUUACAUCGCGAAUCACUCGGACACCGUCGAACAUCUUUGCUCGAGAAACAUCUUUGGCGAAAGAAAGCAGUUGUUAUCCAGUUGCGUCGAACCGCCGGGUCGAGAAACCGCUCGUUACCUGGCACGUUGUCUGCACGGCUAAGGGUGUAAUUCACGGCUUCGUUGAAUCUUCACGUCCUAUCGAACUGAACGUCGAACCUGGUGUUUACCCCAGGACAAUCCUGACGCAUAAGAAGGUACGGCAGCGACUCGGGUAAAAUUCGUCGAGCAUACUCGUUUACAGAUCGAAGCGGUUACUCGGACGAGGAGAAACCACGUGAAAGUGUCGUCCGUCCGAUCGUGUCUAUAAAGAGGGUUUAUCGCUCGCGGAUUCACCGCGACACCAUCGCCGGGUCAAUGGGAUCGUGAUCUUAUCGCUUAAUGGGACUGGUGACGCGACGAGCGACGACGUUCAACCGUGGUCGUGGUUCGGAAUUCGUUCGAUUAGACGAUUAGACUCGUCGCCGGAUCAUACCGAUCGGUAGACAGCUCGUCAACAAUUUUGCCAAGUGUACGGUUAGCAGCAACUCGUCGCGAGCGAACGUAGGAAUCGAUUAUAAUUUCGCAAGUCGGUUUAAACGUUAAUAUUCGAAGCGGUGCUCGCGGUGGAUGUUAUUCGACGAUGACAAGGGAUUACGGUUCGAAAUAUCACUUGUUGAAUUGGUGCACGUAUAGGCGGAUAAUUAUAGCUCAUAACAAGAGGAUUCGCGAAACGCGUUUUCUUAAUCGACUAUAGUAGAAAAAAGAGCACGUGGUCCGUCUCGUUGGCAUUCCAUCGGUGUCCCGGAGGUUUCCGCUACGAAUCCAAUAGAGAAUCGACUUCGAUUAUAGCUCAGUGAUUUUAGUGAUUUUUUCAAAGCAGCUAACUGGAAAAUCUUGUUGCCCGUAGGUGUCGGAGAGUGUAAAUACGAGGCCAUAGAACCGUAAAUAAUGACUCGGUUAUAGAGCGAAGGGUGGUUGUUGUUGCAGCAACCUUUUCAUAAGACUCGUGGCCGUACGAAUCAAUGUUGUUUUGUAUGUUGUGUGGCAGAAAGAUUUAAACGAUCUCGCAAAAGGGACCCCGUGUGGCGGGGGUUAACGUCGCCGGGACGGCAGAUGUCAGGAUGCCGGAGCAGAGUAACGACUACCGCGUGGUGGUGUUUGGGGCGGGCGGCGUUGGCAAGAGUUCUCUCGUUCUGCGUUUCGUGAAAGGAACCUUUCGCGAGUCCUAUAUACCGACUAUCGAGGACACCUAUAGACAGGUGAUAAGCUGCAACAAAAACAUAUGCACGCUUCAAAUUACGGACACAACGGGGUCUCAUCAGUUUCCCGCGAUGCAGCGGCUUUCUAUUAGCAAAGGUCACGCCUUCAUCCUCGUAUAUUCGGUGUGCUCGCGGCAAAGCCUCGAGGAACUACGACCCAUCUGGGCCAUUAUUAGAGAGCUUAAGGGACAAGACAUAUCGCAGAUACCUAUAAUGCUGGUGGGGAACAAAUGCGACGAGAGUCCGUCGGUACGCGAAGUAUCGAUGAGCGAGGGCGCAGCGGAGGCUGCCAAUUGGGGCUGCGGAUUUUUGGAAACAUCCGCGAAGACGAAUCACAACGUGAACGCGUUGUUUCGGGACUUAUUGAUGCUCGAGAAGAACAGGUCCGUGUCGUUGCAACCCGUGCAGAGCAACAACGCGAUUAGCCUGAAGGAAAAAUGCUCGGUCAUGUAACCGAGCGGAGAGGAAGGAGCCCGGAAGGUCCACGUAGCAGCGAAUCCUGUUCCAAAGCGAGAAGAAGAAGCGGCAGGCUAGAAGACGACGUCCACGGUAGUCUCGACACCGGCACACGGAAUAUUUCGAGCCGCGCGAGCGAAACGAAAAACACCUAGUUAUACAUAUGUAUGUAGUUCGGUCGAAGGCGUACGUUAAUGCUCCUCGUUCUUAACGAGCCUCGUCGUCCCUCGUUGCGGAGCAUUAAAUUCGCCUUUUAACGUCUCUUUUUAACCGAACGACGUAUUCGAUAUUAUCGAUAGAUUUUUUAAUUUUGAUACAGAGCGACGUCGCGUUAGCUUUCACCAGGCCAACGACGCGCGCGCGCGUUCUUCGUUCUGUACCGGUGUUGUUAGCCCGUUAGUCUUUCGACCACCGUUCGUUACAGCCAUCUCGAGCUUAUUAAACGAAAGGGACCACCAGCAUUUCUUCGACCCUUUCGUGACCAACGAAUACGCGCGAACAUCUUUCUUGUAAGAGCAGCCAGUACAAAGACGAGAAUCGUCGCCGUCUACGUCGUCGUCCACGUCGUCGUCUACGUCGUCGUCAUCGGCGUAGCUAGAGUCUUUGCCCGGGACGAGAGUCGCUGCCGAUCGCAGGCAAGCAUGACCAAAAAUCGACGUCGUGUCGAAUUAUGUCCCUCGUCGCGCUAGCUAGUUGCGUCGAUGACCGCGCGUCGUGCUACGUUGUCUCGAGACUACUGCGCGACGACACUUGCGGGACCGGCAUCGCAACGGAAAGGAAAAGGAAAAAGGAAAAGGAGAAAAACUAGACAAAAGUUGUUACGAUAUUGGUUUUUGUUGAAUAGUUGUAAGGAUUUUGUAACGACGCUAAUUAGGAUUUAUUACUCGACACGUCGGAGGAUACUGAAAAAUACACGCGUACACAUCCCAGUACACGUACACGCACAUACAGGCUUGCGCGCACAUAGGUUCAUUAGGCACUCGCGUUUCCCCGUGUUGACCCAGAUUUUACUGUUUCCUUCCUGUAUGUCGUACACGCGUAGAUCGCGUACGUGUUAGUGUUUACGAGGAGACGCUAAUUAAAGGGACUUGCACCGAACGGCUCGUUUUUUCUCGAUCAUAUUCGUUACGCGUUUACCGUCGCGACUCGAACAGUGGCGAAUAAAGGUGUUAAGUUGGCGAGUAAAGGCGAGUAGAGGUCGAGGCACGAGUGGAUAAGGAAAUUCGCUCGUAGACGCGCUCGAGGGUUAUCAACGAAUUACGGUUCCAGCCAUUCUCUCCACUCGCGUCUCCGUUCGAUAUUAGGAUCCGUCGGCCGUUACUUCGAAUCAUCGCCGAUCCGAUUAGGAUAUUUUUAGGCUGGACCAGCUUCUCCAGCCUCGUUAUCGACAGAGCUCAGUGCGACCAAGCGGUUUUAUUUUUUGGAAAUUUUAGAAUUUCGCCCUUUUCGACGUUUAAACGUUCCGGAAUUUUCGAAUCUCGGAAACUGAGCUGGACAUUCGGAAAGUUUUCAAUGUCUCCCUCCAGGCGGACAAAGACUGGUCCUUAGCUAGGAAGAAUCCGAGCGCGUUAUUUAACGGAUCGUAGGUAAGCGAACGAAUACAUAUCGUACGUAGUCGUUGAUCGUCGACGAACGGACAAUUGUCACGCGCUUGUCUACCAGGAGACGGUUCAAAGUUAAUAGAGUUUUAACGAACGUCCUAUCGCGUCUCUCUUCGACGAAAAAGCUUUAAUAAUCGUUCGUAACCCGGUGCAUGCACGAAACACGUGCAUCCGCGUACCCGUGUAUAGAUACGUAUUCGCACGGUUAUGAUUUAGCGACAAGGUAAUAAGGAGUCUAGUCAAAGGGAAAACUGAGCCGAGAGAGCAGCGAAACGUAGUGUACUACUACCCGUUACAACCGUGGACGAAUCGUGAUUCUCUGAUUUUUUCGGGGCCAAUCGGUGUGUGAUUUACAUAAAUCGUGAGCUUCUUCCGCGCGACGACAGCCGGAAUUCUGUUCCUUUCGCGUGUUCGCACAAUCUUAAUCUUCCCGAGCGCUACUUCGAAUUCGAUCCCUUUACGAUCAUGACGCGUAAUCUAUAAUCGAGUUUUUGAGAACCUUUAUCCAAGCUCUACGAGGCGAACAAAUUGAAUUUUCUAUCCGCGCCGAAAACCGGUGCUCCUUUUUACGAACGUUGCUACUCGCUUUUUAAUAACGAUCGCUAUUUAGAGAUUUUGCAAAAUAACCUAACCGUUCGUUUUAUACUCGACACUGGACGGUCAUGGUCUUCCAGGGUUCGAUUUCGACGUUCGCUCUCGAGCCUCUACGUUCCGCGUGUUCUCGCGUAAAUCGUUCUGAUUUUUCAAACUAUCGUUACUCGUCGAUCGCGAACAGAAACAAAGAGUAUUCUACAUCGAGUACAUACGUUUUUUAUCGCGUUCGAAUUGUCACGGCACGCACGACCACGAUA